AUGGGCAUUGAACCUGAUCUUUUUAAUAUUGUUUUUAUAAUAUUGUAGUAAAUUAUGUAUUUUGAUUUUAGCCUUUCAAAAACUCAAUCAGCUUUUAUCUUCUAGUAUAUUUUGGAUCCGGAGAUUUAUUUAUAUUUUGUUAUUUUUAAGGGCUGUUUUUAAUAAAUUUGA